GAUGAAUUAGAAAUGACUACGGUGUGCCAUAGACCCGAAGGACUGGAACAGCUUGAAGCACAAACCAAUUUCACUAAAAGAGAACUUCAAGUGCUUUACAGAGGAUUUAAAAAUCCUGGGGUACUUUCUUUUCAAGAAUGUCCUAGUGGGGUUGUUAAUGAAGAGACAUUCAAACAGAUCUAUGCACAGUUUUUUCCUCAUGGAGAUGCUAGCAUGUAUGCACAUUAUCUCUUCAAUGCAUUUGACACUGCACAAAAUGGCUCAGUGAAGUUCGAGGAUUUUGUGAUGGCAUUGUCCAUUCUGCUGCGGGGGACUGUUCAUGAAAAGCUAAGAUGGACAUUUAAUCUGUAUGACAUAAAUAAGGAUGGCUAUAUAAACAAGGAGGAAAUGAUGGAUAUCGUAAAGGCAAUUUAUGAUAUGAUGGGAAAGUACACGUAUCCGGUGCUCAAGGAAGAUGCUCCGAGGCAGCAUGUAGAAGUAUUCUUCCAGAAAAUGGAUAAAAACAAAGAUGGUGUUGUAACUUUAGAUGAGUUUAUUGAAUCGUGUCAGGAGGACGACAAUAUCAUGCGAUCCUUACAGCUCUUUGAGAAUGUGAUGUAACCAUGCCUGGCGAGUGCUGGAGGAGUCAGAGACUUUCUGUGUAACAAAGACCUCCUUUCUGGGUGAAAGCUUUUUACAAUUCAGCCAUGUUCAGUGUGUGAGGAUUUUGUACAUCUCCAACCAAAUGGCAACCGAAUGCAACCGAUCCCACCUCUUCUCCCCAAGAGAUGCCGGUGGACCUUUGUUUCGUUUUGGAAGCAUGUGAAUAUUUUAAUAAAACCUGACAAGAGAGAACUGCUACUCAAAGUUUAA